AUGCGAAAAGACCUCAUACACGAGGACCUCAUACAGGAGGACCUCAUACACGAGGACCUCAUACAGGAGGACCUCAUACACGAGGACCUCAUACAGGAGGACCUCAUACACGAGGACCUCAUACACGAGGACCUCAUACACGAGGACCUCAUACACGAGGACCUCAUACACGAGGACCUCAUACACGAGGACCUCGUACAAAAGUUAAUAGAUCCCAAGACCCUACAAAUAACAGAAGCGUUGGGGGAGGCAUUAAAGCUGAGCGACGUUGGGAAGCAGGCUGAACCCCACGGCAUGAUGGACCUCAUAUCUCGUGAAGCGGUCAUGACAUUUGUUGAUGCAACUGCCUCGGCAUUUGUUGAUGCAGCUGCCACGGCAUUUGUUGAUGCAACAACGGCAUUUGUUGAUGCAGCUGCCACGGCAUUUGUUGAUGCAGCUGCCACGGCAUUUGUUGAUGCAGCUGCCACCGCAUUUGCGAGGGGCGCUAACCCCCCCGCAGCCCCCGCAGACACAGAGGGGGAGAGCGACGGGGGGACCGCUGCCCCCCCUGAGGGCAACAUCCCUCCCCCUCCCCCCCUCCUGGGCUCCUACGGGGUGCAUUUAGCCCCAAAACCCGGGCACAAUUUCGGGCUUGGGCUCACCCCCAUCCUGAGGGCUAAAAAGACCAAGAAGACCAUCAAGUUGUUCUGGAAUGAGGUGCAGAAGGACCCGCAGCGGCAGGUGGGGGUGCCCACGCUCUGGGACGGUCUGCAGACCGUCGAGCUGGACGUCGCCAGGCUCGAGCAUCUCUUCGAGUCUCGUGCCAAGGACAUCAACGCUAAGCGGCAACAGGAGCAGAAGGGAGUGAAGGAGUUGGUGGUGCUGGACCCCAAGCGCUCUAACGUCAUCAACAUCGGCAUGACGAAACUGCCCCCGCCCCGCACCAUUAAAACUGCUAUACUCAAGAUGGACUCUUCCAUUAUCAAUAGGGAAGGCAUCGAGAAACUUCUGUCCACGAUGUUGCCCACCGCCGAAGAGAAGCAGAAAAUUCAGGAGGCGGCGAUCGCAAACCCUGAAGUUCCUCUGGGGUCCGCAGAGCAGUUCCUCAUGAUGCUCUCCACCAUCUCAGAGCUGCCCGCACGACUCAAGCUCUGGCUCUUCAAACUAGACUACGAAAUUAUGGAGAAGGAAGUUGCAGAACCAUUAAUGGACCUGAAACAGGGCAUAGCAGCUCUACAAAAGAACCACACGUUCAAAGUUCUGUUGUCUUUGCUUCUCUCCGUUGGUAAUUUCCUGAACAACACUGAAGCUCGCGGUUUCCAGAUAGAAUAUCUUUCUAAAGUUCCCGAGGUGAAAGAUACCGUGCAUAAACAUUCUCUGCUACAUCACCUCUGCCAUAUGGUACUCGACAAAUACCCUGAUACCACAGAUCUCUACUCGGAGAUUGGUUCGAUCACUCGGGCCUCGAAGGUUGACUUCGAGGAGCUGGCGAGCAACAUCGAGAAGAUGCAAGUCGAGUGCAAGGCUUCCUGGGACUACCUUAAAGUUAUAGCCAAGCAUGACGGCCCUACCAACAUUAAACUUAAAAUGUCGGAGUUCCUGGCGGACAGUGCAGAGCGGAUAAUAGUGCUGGGCAUUAUAUAUAGAAGAGUUAUGCACAGGUUCCAGAAGUUCAUGACUUACCUGGGUUCGCCGGUGCACAAGGCGAAGGAAGCUAAGCCCCAGGAGGUGUGCGGCGUUAUAAGCGAGUUUGCCCUCGAGUAUCGCACGUGUCGGGAACGUGUUCAGCAGCAGCUACUCAAGAAGGUUAAUCAUCGGGAGAGGAAUAAGACGCGCGGCAAGAUGAUUAUUGAGAUGGAAAAGUUCCGGCCAAAGCCUCCCAGGACGAAGGAAGAGAAAGCGGAUCGCGACCUGAGACAGUUGCUUGCGGACUCCGGUGGUGCGGAUAGCAUACGCGGAAAGAACACGUGGCGCCGAACUAAAGAUGGGAUGCAACAGCAGCGCAGUAGCAGGGGCGAAGACCCCCUAACAGACCUCCUCCUGAUGGGGGGCGCGGGAGACGACGCCCUCCUGGACAGUCUCGUGAGAACCGCCACAGAGACGCCGCAGUCUCGGGCGCAGCACCGAGACAGAAGACGAUCGCGACAUGCAGAUAGGAAGUCAUUACGACGAACCUUGAAGAAUGGCCUGACUGAGGAGGAACGAAAACUUCUCGCUGUCAUCGCAGCACAGACACGAUGAACUCCACUUUAAUCUUUUCAAAUACCUAUAUAAUUAAGGGCCAAUUGUCUCUCUAACCUGCAGUUGCAGUGAACGGUACCAGUGCGAUGGUUGAUACAUGCCAGUGCAAUGUUGCGGUUGCUGGAAUAUUUUAUUGAAAUCAGUGUUAACGGAUUCAUUUAUAAUAAUCUUCAUAUCAGCUCAUAUAUUGACAGAGGAAAAUGUAGCUGUUGGUGAGAUAUAAUCACAGCUGGUGCUAUAUUUUCAGCCACAAUUUUAGCUGGCUGUAGUUGCAAAGCUGUUGGUGCUAAAAUUGCCGCUGAACGACAGCCGGUGCUACGAGAACGAGUCAACACAUAAGCCCGCGAACGUACAGAAUGCUCAAUAGUUAUACAGUUAAUCCGUGUUCGUUCAAACCAGCUCAAGGAAGCAACCUCCGGGGGAAAAAACGCUUUUUCAAUGGACUUUUGUUCUCAUUUGGAGUAUUUUUUGUCGAUUUAAUAUUCCAGUCUACAGUUUGAGAAACACUAAAUUCAUUUCAAGAACGUGGAAGAUGCCAAAUUGGAUGCAGAUUUUUUCUUUUACUCAUACCUCCGCAAGCGUCACCAGUGUGUCCUAAAGAAGAGGAAUGUGUAUCUAGUCUAGAAUUAAGUAUAAUGACCCAAGUUUAUUGCCAAUUGAAGAAAGGAAUGAUUCACAUGUCUCUGAAGCGAUGUAAUUGUCUAUGUAUGCCGGUCUAGACAUCUCGCAAGAUAUUUUUGUGUCGGUAUUGACCUCUUAUAAAUUCAUUCAAUAAUA